AUGAACCAGACAAAGGUCACUGGGGAGGAAAAAUCCACAGAAAGAAGAGCGGAAGCAGUGGCAGCAUCACAGCUGGAUGCUACCACCAGCGGAACAAACGAGCAGGAUAAAAAUGUAAACCUGGCCCAAGUGGAAGAUGGAAACAUAAAGGUCACCGAAGAGAAUUUGGCUGAACUGGGACUGGAUGACCUUUCAUUGGACGAUAAGACCGCAGGUGAUGACCUUUGGGCAACUCCAAUGGUCUCAGACGAAUCGAACGAGUCCUACUUCACGGAUGAUGAAGCAACGAUGAAUAUGUCUUUUCAAACUGCCAUGAAGGAAGCUGACCGGGCUGAAGGUAUGAUACCAUUCAAGGACAUACCGGAGCACCUCAUUGAACGGACAAAAACUGGAAAGGUCAUCAGUGUACGACCACCGUCACCGAACAGUCCCACGUCAACUUUGAGGAGACGUGUCAGUGAAUUGGAAAAUGAACUUGAAGUCAAUGAACGUCAAGCGGAUAAGCGAAAACAGGAAUAUCGGGAAAGACUGACGACACUUGAAGCACGCCUGUUCGAUCUGGAGCAGCAACAGGGUGACCUUCAAAGUGCCGCAGACGUUAGUGACCUUAAUGAGAGCAUGUCCGAAGAAUCAGCGGAAAGGUCACGGCACUUAGCCGAAUUGAAGGAUGAAUGUGACUCACUGAAACUUAAGGUCACCGAAGCGGAAGCCAAGCGAGAUGAAUACGCGGCCAAACUCGUCGACGCUACUCAACGAUUGUUGACAAACACCAAUGAGGUGUUUAAGCUGAGAAACGAAUUGAAGUUACGGGACGAGAACAUCGGAACCCUUCAAAAAGAAUCACAGGAUCAUCAGAGGAGAGCCGACGACGCUGUCAAAGUGGCUAAGGACCUGAGGGAGCUUACAGCCACUGAAGGUGUGCGGUUGAAGAACGAAAUUAAGCAGGUGAUGGAAGAGAACAAGUCGUUGAAAGAAGAUGUUCAAAAGGUCACCGAAGAGAAUACCGAGUUGAAAAAGACUGCUAAGACAAUUGCCGAGCAAGGCAUGAGGUGGGAACACGAGGCACACCUCCUGGAUGAAAAGGUCACGGUACUUGAAUUGAAAGAUAAGGAGUGGCAACAAUCAGUCCACCAGAAGACGCAGGAGAUUAUCAAGCUCAACACGGAGCUGAUUGAUAUGACCCAAACGGUGAUGACAAGAGAAGAUGAGGUCACCCAGACGAAAAACCAACUGAAAGCAGCAGUCGAGGAAUACACGAAGCUGGAAAGGGAUGUGACCCAGUUGGCGGAACACAUUAAAAAGGUGGAGAAUGACACUGAAAAGGUCAUUCAGGAGAAGACUUUCCAACUCCACCAACAUAUGUUAAAGGUCAAGGAGGAGAAUCAGAACUUGAAAACGGAGAAAGAGGAAGUCCAGUUGAAAGUCCGUCGCCUUGAGGAUGAGAAUAAGGCGCUUGUUAUGUCUAAUAAGCACAAAGAUGAACAGCUUCUGCAAUAUGGACCAGCGCAGUCAAAGGACCGGCGAAGACCUGGUUCGAAGGAGAGAGAGAAAUCGCACUCCAAGAAGAAACGGAAUACACCAUUACAGAAUGGAUGGCCAAGUUUAAAGAUGAAUAUGGAGACCGUGACGAGGAAGUUCUUGGCUUACGAGAAGCCAUGGCAAGGAAAUUUGACCUCGGAAAGGAAUCGCUUGAUCAGUUUUAUCAAGCGAUUAUGA